GAACCGUCAUAACAAGAUGGCAGCGCACAGAGGACGCAUGGCGUUGACAUGAAUGAAGGCAGUUCUGUGUGGCAUGGCCGAGUAUAAGCUAGCCAUGCUGUCCUCAGUCUGCACGGUCCCGAUACCCUCAGCUAAUUGGAUGAUUGUUUUACACGCAGCUCCAAGAUGCUGACAACAGUUAUCUCCGUGUCCUAUACUUUUGGCACCCAGGUUGCCAGGGCAACCAGAACUUCCAUCUGGAGACAUAUAUCAUCUAACCGUGGGAGACAACUGAGUGAUCUGUAUCCCAACCUAGCACUGAAGAAGUCUGUCACUGGCAGUGGGCCUGGUCACCUGAUCUCUAAACAAGAGGUGAUGUUUGAGAUGCCUGUCAAAGUUGAGGAUCGUCAUGAGCUGCAGAGCAAACUAGAAACCCUGGAGAGUGUAGGCUGUACCAAAGACCAGAUACAGGAGAGUCCAGAAAUCCUGCUACUGACAGAGCGCGAGAUCCUGCGUCGCGUGGAGAGACUGAGGCGCUGUGGGAUACGCCAGAUCAAUGUGAUGACGCUGAAGCUGGGACAUAUCCGGUCCAAGGCAGUACUGCUUGAGAGAGCGUCCACGCUGCAGGCAGCGACAGCUGGGAAGGACACAUUGGCCGCGUCAAUGGCAGACAAGCUUCAGUAUAAUGAGAUGGAAUGGUACAGGGCAAGGAAAAAGUUUGUGUACCUGCGACACGUCCGUGAUAUGCCUUAUUUCAACACCAAGGUCGAUUACCUGUUUAACCUAGGAUUCUCUAUCGAGGACAUUAAACAGAAUAUCAUGGUGUUGAACAAAAGUCUUGGCUGUAUGAAGAUUCGUGUCAAGGCAGCAAUGUCUGCGAACGUUCUCCCGACACUUACGCUACAGGUGAUGAAUAUGACCGAUAAAAUGUUCAAUAAGUGGCUUCAGACGGCCAGAAUGGAAAAACAGGCGCUUGGCGAGUUCUCAGACAGAUUCGAAGUAUUUGCAGACUUGUUGGGCACAUCAGCCGAGGACAUUAAGCACAGCCCUGUGUUCAGAAGGUACAGUUUACAUCGUAUGAAAUCCCUGAUAGAAUUGCUGCUAGAGAAUGGACUGAAGAAAGACGAUAUUCUAUGUCAUGCUCACAUUCUGAUACGUGGCAGUAAGUCUAUUCUGCAGAGCCUGGACAAACUGAAGGAGUUAGGUUUCGUACAACCGUCCGUCGUACAAAUUGUCAACAUUAUCAACGGGCGACAGGUGUCGAAACGACAAUCCAAGAAAAGCGAAUUGGUGACCCUGGCGGAGUUGCUGCAGACGGAUCUCUCGCAGUUAGAACCACACAGACUCUUGCUGAGAACAACCCUCCUGAAGGGCAAAUACUCCAUCAGGAAAUCUGUAUAUUACCUUCGUUCUCAAGGUUUUAGCAGCCAGGAUAUUCUCUGUUGUCCAAUUCUGUUAGGACAUGACCUGCCUGUCCUGAAAUCUUAUGUUCAAUCUUACAGGGAUGUGGAAGACUUCAAAAAACUAGAGGCAGGUUUUGCAAAUGACAAAGGCAAAAUCUUGAAUUGGAUUCAGUACUUGAUUGAAAAAGACAUCAACUUUUCCUCCCAAGAAGCCAUUGCUGAGGAAGAUGGUGUUGACUGAGAAAUGUAUUGUUUUGUUUUUUUUAUAUAUGUUAGUGUGUGAUUUAUAGAAUCAAGUGAAACAAAAAUCUGGUGAAUGAAAGAAAGAUUUUUCAAAGAGAAAAUAAAGUGUUAAUUAAGCCAUUGAUCAUUCAU